AUGCUUUUUCCAGCGCUGCUCACCUUUUCGGGGUGCUGCACCAAUGUGAUCUCCAUGGAGCUGAUUUCUCAGCUCAAACCUGUGCCUUCGAACCUCAUAACUGCAUUUCAGUACCUCUUCAUCUCGCUCGCCGUGGCUCCUUUUCUGCCCCGAAAUCACGACAAACGUCCUCCGUUCCAAUAUUUUUUGACCACCUCGCUCUUUUUCCUGUGUGCCAUCGCAAACAACUUGGCGUUCAAGUACGGCAUCUCUGUGCCCGUGCACAUAGUGACGCGGUCGGCAUCGACGCCGUUGACUGUGAUCGUUGGGUCGCAAUUUUUUGGCAGACGCUACUCUAUCUACCAGAUCGCAGGUGCUAUCAUUUUGUCCGCCGGUAUAACUAUAACUACGCUGUCCGGAGAAAAAAGCGACUCGAGCCAUCCCGUCACCCUGACGGGCCUGCUUCUUGUGCUCGCGUCGACGCUGCUUGGAGUCGUCACCUCGUUCUGGAAUAACAAAAUCAUGCUCACGCAGAACCUCAAUUGGGUCCAGACCCUCUUCUACACCCAUUUUUACGGCCUACCGUCUCUGCUGCUGAUCAGCAACGGCAUAGUCGCCGAACUGCAGCUGUAUGGCCGCUCCUCCGACUUUUGGCGGUUUGCAGCGCUCAACACCGGAACGCAGCUCGUCUGUGUCACGGGAGUCAACAUGCUGGCCCAGAAAACCGACCCGCUCACACUCGGUGUUGUGCUGCUUCUGCGCAGACUGGCCUCGUUCGUUAUCUCUGUGGUAUUUUUUGGCCAUAACUUGGGUGCGUUGGGUUAUCUGGGCAUGCUCACUGCGUCUGCGGGAGCCCUCAUCUAUCAACUAGACAAUGGACAAAAGAAAAAACUGAAAUAA